UGUAUAUUCUCACACGAUAUUCAUCAUACAUAGUUGGUUGCGAGUAAAACGUGCGAAACUCGGGUAUCAGAAAGCGUUUUGUUGUUGCAGUCCUAGCGUUUCAUAUGUAAAUCUCACUCAACUUGUUACUCGCUAAACUGCCAGAAAUGCAUAAAUAGUGCUGCACUACUGCUAUUAAAAGUUGCUCUAAAUUCAUGUUGACAUCUCUGCAAACUUUCUCCACCUUGGGAUCAGUGUGUGUUCAGACUUGAGACCACAAGGCUGCUGCUCGUGUUGACUUCUGUUGUGCUUUCUCUUUGAUUAGGAGCAACGGUGCCCACUUACCUGAUGGAAAGGGGCAACAGAUUAUUGAUAUGUGCCCCCUGCAGGAUCACAUAGUUCUUCUAUGCAGGGGAAAGCGAAAGGAAUGAUUUUUGGCAUCCAAACGGGCCUGGUCGUAUUUUUUGUUGCUGUCGUUGCAAGCGUCUUCAUCAGUGUUGGAGUUUGCAUGUACUUUUACAUGCAAGAACAGGCCAAAAAGCGACGGGUGGUUCCACUGCCUGUCCCCGUGAUGAAACUGGACAAACCAUUCAACACCAAAGAUUUUUGGGGAUUACGAACGCUCAAAAUCACGCCGACCCCGUCACCCGUCACCGUGACCAGCACCACACCCACCCACACCGUCCAAAUGGUUGCGGAGACCCGACCUUCACGGCAGGCCGACCUUCAGCUUCCCUUGACAGAUGACCCAUAUACAUAGAUUCCAGAGGCCAACUUUGUACUUAACGUGCACAACACUGAACAAAUAAAAUGCGACAAUGCAGUAUCGCCACGUUUGGAACACUAGUAGAAAUACAGCGCUGUGUGGUGGGAUACUUUUUUGUACGCCAAAAGUUA